CUUCGUUUCGUUUCGUUUUACGAUUUGAAUGCAAAAAGACUGACUGCACUAUAAUCAUCAAAGUUAAAUAUUAAAAAGUGAAUAAAACCUUAAAAAUGUCUUAUCUCAUACACCAUCUGCAUAACGGAUGGCAGGUGGACCAAGCAAUUUUAUCUGAAGAAGAUCGUGUAGUGGUGAUACGUUUUGGACAUGAUUGGGAUCCGAUUUGCAUGAAAAUGGAUGAAGUCAUGUAUAGCAUUGCUGUGCAAGUUGAAAACUUCGCAGUAACAUAUUUGGUGGACAUAACUGAAGUUCCGGACUUUAACAAAAUGUAUGAAUUAUAUGAUCCCUGUACGCUCAUGUUCUUUUUUAGAAAUAAGCACAUCAUGAUUGAUUUGGGUACUGGUAACAACAACAAACUAAACUGGCUGCUUGAAGACAAGCAGGAAAUGAUUGAUAUAAUUGAAACAGUUUAUAGAGGUGCACGUAAAGGUCGUGGUUUGGUGGUUUCGCCGAAAGAUUAUUCCACAAAAUAUCUUUAUUAGUGGAAAAAUAUAACAACUAUUACACUACUAUUCUUUAAUAAAUGAUGUCAAUAUCAAAUGUUACUAAAUGCAACAAAAUGAAUUCUUACCAA